AUGAAGCUGUCCACGACUACCACCCUCUUCGCUAGCCUAGCAUGCCUAGUGUCCGCCUCCGCCUCCGCCCCGCCAAAAGCCUCCGUACAAGCGAACAUCGCUACCGCUGGCAAUCGUGCCAUCCUCGCUCUCGAUAACGCCAAACAAGCCAUGUCCACAUUCACAGACGAAGUUCAAGCCGCCAUUAACUCCCUUGAAAUGGAUCCAGCUACAAAAGAGGACUUGGACGCAUAUGUCAGCACGCUGAGCCGACGAAUCGAUCCUUCGAUCACCACUGUAGAAGAACUUAUCGAGCUGUAUGGUCCUGCCGGGAAGAUCUGGCGUAUCAACCAGGACACGCCUACGCGUAAACUUAAGAAGAUAACGAAUCGGAUUACCGCUAUGUAUAAGGAGUACCCCGAUUACGAUGAUAUGCCCGAGGCUUAUCAAACAGAGAUGAACGCGCUGUGGCAGGAUUUUGCCGAGCAGAUGAACCACGCUGGUGAUCCCCCGCUGAAGUCUAACGAUGGCCGCAUCCACAUCUCUUCCAAGUCUCGUAUUGCAAAAAGCUCGGAUAAGUCCGAUGAAACGUCAUGUCCAUUCGUUAAGUUGUGGAAGCGACUUACUGACCGCACGUUUGUCUUCCGGAGUGGUGAGAUGCUUGGAAAGAAGGAAGAGAAUGAACGAGUGAAAAGGAGGCACGCUUUGGUCGUUGAGCGGAAUGAGGGAGUGUUUUCGGUUUCUGACGGUGUUGCCAAGCGGUUAAGAUCUUUUGAUGUGGAUGGAAUAGACGAGGACGUUGAACUUUCGGGGGAUGAAUUGGCGCGAGUACAGAAGCGCGCUGAGGCGCUUCGGAAGCGAUAUGACGAGUUUCGGAAGCAAUAUGAUGAAGUUCGCAAGCGAUAUGAUGAAGGUUGGAAGCGAGCUAGGGAAGAUGACAAGAAGACUGAGGAAGAUCCCGAUUAA